AUGAAAGUUCAUUGCCCAACAUUAGAGAAAACUAUUGAUAUUCAAGUAGAAGACAAUGAUAAAUUAAUAGAUGUUAAACAUCAAAUCUAUGACAAAACAGGAACUCCACCAGCUCAUCAACUUCUUGGAUUUGAAGGUAGUAAAGUAUUUUCAAAAAGAAAUGAUAAAAAGAAAAUUUCAAGUUUACAUUUAGAUAAUAAUUCAAAUAUUACUAUGAUCUAUUCAAUGGCUGGUGGUUGUGAUUGUUGUGGAAUUGGAUGUGAUAUCUGUGGCUGCGGUGGCAACUGUCGGUGUUCCAUUCUUUAA